AUGGGGGAAAGUCGUGCAUGGCAGCUAUACGUUGCUGUUUAUGUAUGCUACCCUUUGGCAUUUAUUGGUGUUGCGCUGCGGACCUAUACAAGGUAUUUCAUGCAGAAGAUUAUGGGGUGGGAUGAUUGGCUGAUGCUUGCUGUUUAUACAAGUUACAUAGGCACUGUAUUGACAGGUCUACAUUAUGGGACUGGAAGACAUCAGCAAGACCUGAAAGAGGUCGAUUUCAUUAAUGGAAUCCGGUUUUGGUAUCUCGGCGAAUUGUUGUACAUCGUCUCAAUGACCGCAAUAAAGACUUCUAUUGCCCUGUUCUACCUACGCAUCCUCAUCUCCCCGUGGCAGCGGCUCUCGGUAAAAUGCAUCAUGUGGAUAGUAAUCAUCUUCAGCCUUACGUAUCUCUGCUGCGCAGUCGUGCAAUGCUGGCCUGUUAAAUUUGUCUGGGAGCGAUUUGCUACGAAAUCUUCUGUGGAAACGGGGAGUUGUUUGCCGGAUGCAGUUAUACUGGGUGGGACGUAUUUGCAUUGUAUUAUCAGUGCGGGUAGUGACUGGGCCUUGGCGUUGUUACCCAUUGUUAUGAUUUGGGGUGUGCAGAUACCCGUGGGACUGAGGGUCAUCGUUGGUAUGAUUGUGCUCUGUGGUACUAUUGCCAGUACAUCAACCUUAAUCCGAAUCAAAACUGUGCCAAACAUCAUAGAAAAGGAAGAUUUUCUCUUCAACACUAUCUCACUUGCUGUUUGGUCAACCGUCGAACCCGGAAUCGCUAUCUUUGCCGCAUGUCUCGCUACACUUCGACCAAUCCUUCGUAAACUCUUCCCCAAUCAUAUUCGAGACGUAGCAAUACCCAAACCACCAGAGUUGAAUAUCCCCACAAAUCUAGCAGCAAGAAUAGAAACGUCAGAUGAUUUGGAAUUGGGAAAUAAUGCCCAAAUACAAUCCGAGAAAAGGUCUCGAGCCUGGACAGGAGAAAGUUCGCAGACGAUCGAUAUCCAUUUGGAUGACGGGGGCGAUAAUAAAGCGAGGAGAGAUACGUCAAUGACUUUCUAUGAAGAUAAUUCGGGGAAUAGCUCAAGAUCUGAGGGGUUAGAUAAUGAAACCGCGAUUUCUACGCAUACUUCUCUAGGACCAUGUCAACGUCUUCCACCAUUGGUCUUUACGCCAAGAUCUCUCUCGCCGAGAUUGGAUUCGCCAUCAACGCUUUCGCCUUCGCAUGUCGGGUUUUGUAUGAGGGAGAGCCAUGGUUUCCUCAUGCUCAAAUGA